GGACUCACUAAAGCACCUACUUGUGCGACCUCUGACUCAAGAUUCUUCAAAGGUCGUGUUUGAAGUAUAUAAUUUAGUAUUCCCUUUCUCGAAUAACGGAAGACGAAGAGAAAAGCCAAUCGCAAAAAUACAAAACGCCCAAGGACGAUCCUGCUUGGUUACAUCAGCUCACGAUGGGUGUGUUCAACCUAGAGACCUGUGCAAGGUCUAACAUCUUGGCGCUCGAGCCAUAUCGCUGUGCGAGAGAUGACUACAAGGAUGAUGGAACGAAUAUCUUGUUAGAUGCAAACGAGAAUGCUUACGGUCCCUCUUUGACAGCCGCCGCCGUCUCAACGUCAUCAGCCAACAAGUCAUCAGGACCUGAGAUUGACUUCCUGGGCCUGCACAGAUACCCAGAUCCGCACCAGAGGGAGCUAAAGCAAUUACUCUGCAACUUAAGAAACACUCACUACCACACAGACAAGAACAUCACACCUGACAACUUGUUCGUCGGCGUUGGGAGCGAUGAGGCUAUUGAUAGCCUCAUGCGGUGUUUCUGUGCGCCUGGCCGUGACAAGAUCCUGGUCUGUCCGCCUACCUAUGGCAUGUACUCUGUAUCAGCACAGGUGAAUGACGUGGGUCUCGUGAAAGUACCCCUCCUGCCCGCGCCAACGUUCGAGCUCGACGUCGCCAAGAUAAAAGAAACGCUAUCAAAUGAGCCAAACAUCAAAUUAGUAUACCUGUGUUCACCGGGAAAUCCCACGGGAGCUCCGCUCGCCAAGAGCGGUAUACAGCAAAUCCUCGAACACCCGACGUGGAAUGGCGUAGUUGUCGUCGACGAGGCGUAUGUCGACUUUUCGCCCGAGAACGCAUCGCUCGCCGAGUGGGUCUCCGAAUGGCCCAAUCUCGCAGUGAUGCAAACGUCGUCCAAGGGCUUUGGCAUGGCGGGAAUCCGCCUCGGGUCUGUCUUCACGUCUGAACCCAUCGCACGGCUUCUUAAUAGCAUGAAGGCGCCGUACAAUAUCCCCAGUCCCACGAGUGCACUAGCUAUCUACGCGUUUUCGCCAGAUGGGUUAGCGGUCAUGCGCGCAAACAGGGAGAAGAUCGUCUCGCAGCGGGAGCGCUUGAUUCGCGAACUACCUAAGAUCAAGGGGGUUGGACGUCUACGAGGUGGCGUCGAGAGUAACUUUUUACUCUACGAGCUGUUGAAUAAAGAUGGACAGCCUGAUAACACCGUGGCACUUGCUGUAUACGAGAGGUUGGCUGAAAAUAGAGGCGUGGUAGUGCGUUUCAGGGGCAAGGAGCACGGCUGCUUUGGAUGUCUGCGAAUCACGGUCGGGACCGAGGCUGAGGUCACGAGAUUCUUGGAAUCGCUUGAGAACACUCUUGCUGAGGUGAAUGGUCAUGGCGUUUCAGUACCCAAAGACGAAGAGAAAAAGGAGGUCGCGGCCAGUGCGGUUGUCUCUUAGAUUUAAAUGCUGAAUUAGAUAGACUAACAGGCCUCGGUCGUCAGUAUGAACUUAUAGACGCAUAAUCGAACUACGAAGCAUACAAGUUCAACAUGGAACAAGAUAUGAGAAGUUAGCAGCUAGAAUUGUCUUG